AUGGACAGCUUACUCAUGGCAAGACACGGUGGCGAUGACCAUGGAGCGACGGGAACCACAACAUCUUCGGAGGCCAUGCCGGGAAUGGAUAUGGGAUCCGGAACGAUGAACGACACCCACGGCUCGUCCGGCGGAAGCAUGAGCAUGAUGAUGAUGACCAUCUUCCAGACCAACCUCAAAACUCCUCUCUACACCGAAGCGUGGACCCCGAAUAGCGUUGGCACCUACGCCGCCACGUGCAUCUUCCUCAUCUUCCUCGCGUUCGGUCUUCGCAGCAUGCUGGCUCUCAAAUCCAUUCAGGAGAAGCGAUGGCUGGACAAGGACUUCAAGCGCCGCUAUGUCAGUGUCAACGGCAAGCUCGGUAUGGCAGGAAAGAUGUCGACGGACAGCAUGGCAAAGCAAAUGGUGCUCUCUGAGAACGGCCUUGAGGAGAACGUCACUGUUGUCCAAAAGGGGCACGGUAUCUGGAGACCAUGGAGAUUAUCCGUUGAUCCUGUCCGCGCUGUUAUCGACACCGCCAUCGCCGGAGUUGGCUACCUUCUAAUGUUGGCUGUCAUGACGAUGAAUGUUGGUUAUCUCCUGUCGGUUCUCGGUGGUGUUUUCCUGGGCAGUCUUGCUGUUGGCCGCUUUGCCACUAUGGGCGAGCACUAG